GUCAAUGUCAAGCCCUGAACGUACAAAUAAACAAAAGUCGAUAAUACUCAAAUAUCAAUGAAAAAUUUAACAAAACACGAUCAACUGUAGCGAAAACCAUGAAUACCAGUAGAAGAAGAAAUGAUUCAAAGUCUGUUGGGAGGGCACAUUCGACUUUAAGUGUUUCCGCAGUUGAUUAUUAUUUAAACUUGCCAGUAACUUGCCCUCCAUCACCUGCAGUUUCAACGGUGACUCUGACACCUGGUAGAAUAAGGAAUAUUGAUCAAGAUAUGGAAACACUGAGGGCUUCAAGACAAGACAACCCAUUUAUACAGCAAGUAAUUGCUAGUAGGGAAAGUCUCAUAGAUAACUUGGAGGAGGAAUCUGAUCAUGCCAAUUUAAUGGCCAAAGAACUGUCACUAGACUUGGAUGUGGACCCAUUAUCUUUGCCAGAAAUGCAUGAACACAUGAUAAGGAGCCCACCACCCACCAAUUGGCCAAAAUCCCCAAAUUAUAAGGUGUUCCAAUUCCCUAAUGGGGAUGAUGAAACCCUUCAAGUAGAAGUGAAUACAAAAGAAAAAUCAAAAUCUUCUGAGUUGAAGCCAAAACAUUCAAGUUGGGAUGGCAGUGACACUUCACCAUUAAAAUCUUUUUCAAAAUCCCAUCAUUAUCAUCAAGACAGAUUUUCUUUGUUGACUCCAAAUUCACUAAGAUCAUCUGCUGAAGAUAGUAUAAGGUUAAUGGCUGAAGAUUGAGAGAACCAUAGAAACACCAAGCAUUCCUAUAAACAGUGAUAUAAGGUAUAUUCUAGUCAGAUUUUUAUUUAUUCUAUGUUUUAAUAUUUUUAAUAUUUUAUGUUUUUGUCUUUUUCUGGCCAGGUAUGUACUGGUCAUACAUAAUAUUUAGUCAUUAUUACUUACAUGUAAAAAGAAAGCAAAAAAGAGGAAAGUCACUUAAUAAAUAAAGUAACAGUUAGCUGUGAUCAAAUUUGUUUACAGAAGACACUUUCACACAAUAUACUUAAAAGUAGAGUUUAAUUUUUCUAGUUGACUAUAGCACUAAUUUAUGUAAUUUUGUGUAAAAUUAGAUUUUUCGAUAAUUUUGAACUGAGCAAAACGAAAUUAGGACUUAUAUAAAUGUAACUUUUAUGUAUUUAUUAUUUUUAUUUAGGUGAUAGUGAAAUUUUUAUGUAAAUUGAUUAUAAAAAUAUAAAUUUAAACUCUUUUUUGCUCUCUUAUAAAACUAGGUCACUAAUGAAAUGCGUAAAUAUUGACGCUACAAGUGAAUCAUGUGAUUUUGUCACACUUAAUAACCAGCAAAUAUGAACAUUUACACAUACAUGUUAAUAAACAUGAAUCAGUUCAUUUAAAAAUAAUAACCUAAAUUAAAUUAUAUAAAUAAUUUAAGGAAAAUAUACAAAAUUUCAAUGUCCAUUAUAAUAUUUAUUAUAAGUUAUUUAUUUAUUUUUUGUUAAUAAUAUUUAUACAUUCCAUAAGUUAUAUGAUGUAAAAAUGCGACCUCUAGUGCAAUGAUUUCAAGUCUGAUUUGUUUAUAUGUUUAAUAGUUUUAUUUAAAUUUUAAAAUUGUUCUGAAGUUGAUCUUGUGAAGUAUAAUAAAAUAUCUUAUUAAUAUACUAAUAUAAAUACAUAGUCUUGAAAAAUACGUAUAUAAAAGGAUUAAUAAAUUAGACAUGUAUACUCCAAACUACGUUUCCUAUCUUUUAGUAUAUGGAAUUGAAAGAGAAUUGAGUUAUGUUAUUUUUUUAAUAAUCUGAAGUGGAUUACGAAUUAUAAAUGAAAAGCAACCACUUCUGUUUAACACAGGUUGAAGCAUAUUGCCAAGUGCUAUUCUAAGGAAAUUGUCUUGAUAAUUGUUGUGAACAUGAUAGCAAUAGUUAUUGGGAUUAGUUUCAUAGAACAUUGUUCAAAAAGCAGUUUAAUACUGUUCAAAAUCUGCUUGUGAUAACAUUUUUAUACUGUCGAUUAUAUGCUUAACUAGUGUUUAUAAUACUCUUAUAACCGAAAUUGGAAAUUGUUUAGAACUUUGAUUGAAAUACAUUUAUCUAGCUAACUAAAUAUAUUAAACACACGAGCUUAUUUGAAAUACUUUGCCUAAUCUACAAUUGGAAAAUGUGGCUUUAACAUUUCGUUAAUAAGUUGUAAAUUUAAAAUUAUGACGAAUUAAAAUUAUAUAAAAUUUCGACAAUUUCAUAUAAUUUAUCUAUACAUUUAGAAAAUUUAGUAUAUGUUAGUUGUGACUGUUAAUUAUUCGACAAUUGUUAAAAUAUUUUAUUAUAGAAGUUUAUUAACUAACAUUUGCUCUUAGGAUGACACGUUCAUAAUUAUUCGUAUGGUUACAGAUUUUUGAAUGUUGCUAUAAAAUUAUAUGGUAUAUUCUUUUGACGUGUUUGUACGAGAAGUAAAAUGUGUGAAAAAUUAGUAGAUAAUAGUUGUAUGGCUUAUUGUUAACGGUGAUUGUACUUUUAUCUACUGACUAUUUCAAACUUUUUAACACAUAAUACACUCUUCUAUUGCUUAAAGGCAAUUACAUUGUUUAGAGCGAUUUAUUUUUAUAUUUCCUGGAACACUGAUCCUCAUUCACUAGAUUCAGAUCUCCGAGCGGUACAAUGUGAUAUUUUUAUAGUACCAGUUGUUCAUUCCAUCAGAUUUAUUUCAAAUGAAAAUAAAAAAAUAUUUCAGUUUAAUUUCCAAUUGUUUCUCCUGGAAUUUUGAAUAUGUAUAUGCAAGAGUUAAAACAAAGUAAAUUGUAGUUAUGUUACUGUAUGUUCAAAGUUUUUGAUGGUUGUGUUUUACUGGGAGAAACAAAACGGAACAACCUAUAUAAGCCUCAAAAAGUUUCAUAAGUCAAUUUGUUAAUUAAAAUACGUGUAAAAUGUCACAGCCAUAUUUUUGCACUGUUUAUUUUCAUGCUCAUAUCUCAUACAAUUAUUUGUGAUCGAUAUUGCUCCAAUAACUAAAAAAUAAACAUCAAAAUUGUGACCAAAAAACUUUUCAAAAAUGUUGGGUGUAUCGUUUAUAUUUAUAUAAAAACGCUGUAGCAUUAAGUAAACUCAAUUAUACCAAAUGUUGUGAAUUUGUGAAAUCAAUUAUUUUAUUUGAAUGUUGUAUUAAAUGUUAUUGUAGUAAAUGAAUUAUGUAAC